AAGACAUAAUAGUCUAUAUAAAACGAACACCUUUUAACAAAAUGUAAAGUGCGUAAACACACUUUCAAAGUUUUCUCAAUGGUUGAAGAUUUGUUACAGUGAAGUGCGUUAACAAUGCAUUAACAACCUUCGUCAGAGGUAGGAAACAGGUAGCACACACAUUAGAUACCAAUAGGCACUUAGCAGCAUAUUGCUCUUGAAUUUUUUAGAUACUUGGUCUCAUUAUUUUCUUCAGUGCAAACACUUUUCUUCUCUUCUGCGCGCUUAUCUUUUUUUACUUUUCAACAAUACAAUUUUUUUAUAAUCACGACAAAAUAAUGGCAGUGACCAAGCAAGCGUUCAGCCAGGAUGGCAGCGUCGACGAGUAUAUUUUGAGCAACACCAGCGGCACCCGCCUGCACAUCACCAACUGGGGAGCCCGCGUCACCCGCUUCAUCAUCAAGGACGGCCACGGAACUGAGCGCGACAUCGUCCCAGGCUUUGAAACCUACGAGCAAUGGCAAGCCUCGCUAAAAAUUGACGACCCCUAUUUCGGCGCAACCAUCGGCCGCGUCGCCGGCCGCAUCCACCCAAGCAACAAAGUAACCAUUGCCAACAAGCAUUGCAAGCUUCCAGAAAUACAACCCAACCUAGUCUGUCUUCACGGCGGCAAAGAGGGGUUUGACAAGAAACUUUUUGCUGUCGAGAUUGUCUCAAACGCCCAGCCGGCCAGUGUCAAGUUCACAUAUGUGUCGCCCGACGGCGAGGAGGGUAUUCCUGGGACAGUGGAGCUUUCUGUAUUGUUUGCGCUCACCGAGGACAACGCCAUGCAUAUUGAGUAUGCCGGUCGCUUGGUCGACGGUAUCGAGAGUAUGCUUAACCCCACUAACCACACAUACUGGAACCUGACAGGGUUUUCCGAGCCGACUAUUCAUAACCAUGUCUGUUGCUUGGCUGCCGAUCGGUACAUGGCCACGUAUCUGGACCACGUUAUGGUGCCUACUGGCGAGCUACUCCCUGUAUCUAACACUGCACUGGACUUUACAACCAUGCCGCGCAAGUAUUCCGAGGGUUUGGACACAUUUGAUAAGCAAACGGUGCGCGGAUACGACCAUAUUUUUGCCGCCAGUGAGUCGUCCGUGGAGAAUAUCCGGGAGGUAGCCAGGGUGUGGAGUGAGUCCAGCGGGCUGCGCUUGACUGUGUUGUCUGACCAGCCGGCGCUCAUCAUGUAUACGGGUAAUUGGAUAUCCGAUGAGCUUGUUGGAAAGUAUGGCGUUAAAUAUCGUAAUUAUGCAGCUGUGGCGUUUGAGACACAGAGGUUCCCUAAUGCUGUAAACAUACCAGAAUUCCGCAGCCAGGUUUUGCUGCAUCCUGGGGAAAUAUUUGGCCAUCGCGUGGUAUAUAAGCUUGAUCACAUUUGGUAAAAUAAGAGUGAAAUGCAUAGUGGCAAUAUUUUGACAAGUGCAAAC